AUGGUAGUAUCAAGACUCGCCGGUAUCACGGUUAAGAAAAAGCCAGCCGAAUCAGAUGAGAGUAGCGGAGAGUACGAAAGUGAAAGCAGUGGUGAAUAUGAAACCUCUAGUGGAGAAGAGGAGGAAUCUGGUGAGGAGGAGGAAUCGAGUGAUGAAUACGAAUCGGGCGAAGAAGAGUCCAGUGAAGAGGAAGAUGCUCCGCCGCCUAAACGUGCAGGUGCAGGAGCAGCGAAAGCUGCAGGAGGUGCUGCAGCUGCGAAAAAGCAAGAGAAAAUCCCAGACGACGAAGAGUCAAGCGGAGAGGAAGAGUCUUCUGAAGGCGAAGAAGAGUCCAGUGACGAGGAAGAUAGCGGUGAUGAAAAGACCAAAGAAAGUGAGUUUGGUUUUGGAAAGGGUAUGGCGGAAAACGUUCCUGAGGAUGAAGACGGUGGUAAAAAGAAGAAGAAAGAAAAGAAACCAAAGAAAGAGAAGACUCCUAGAGAACCAAUGGAUGCAGACAAGAAGAAAAAACUAAUGAUUGGACUUGGAGUAUGCUGCUGUAUCCUUGUUAUUGUCGGUAUCACUCUGGGUUUGGUGUUUGGACUGAAGAAAGAUGAUGAACCAGCAGCUACCGCAGCGACUCCAACACCCCCUCCAAGUUUGUCCGUCGCACCAAGUUUGGCGCCAUCGGCAUUUCCUGACUUUGCGCCCAUUAAUUUUCCCGCGGUUGGCGAUACCUAUAUUGAAACCGGCCUUACAAAUGCUGCUGCGGCUUCUGGUGGCGAUGAGUUGUUGGUGGGUGGACCCAAUAAUGCUGUUGCAGUCAUGCAAUUCACAGUCGAUACUUCUGCGAUUCCAGAAAAUGCUCGCGAGGUGGAUGUUUACACUCUUUCCAUUGGUCACAUUGGAGUGAUUGAUGAUACACAGACGACUACUAUUACUAUCAACGCCAUUGACAACCCUGGUGAUCUAAGCACUUUGGUUGCCACAACUUACAAUCCUACCGGCACAACUCUCAUGGGAACUGAUACAGUGGACAAAACCAAGGAUCGGAUCUCUGUUGACGUCACUAGUUUGCUAGCUGAUACUGCAACAAUCCGAAAACUUCGCUCGGGAAGAAGACUCAACACAAAAACAAUCUAUAUUGAAUUGAGAGGAACCUCAACGGUAGCAGAGAAGUUUGUCAGUCUAGACUUUGAGAGUGGCAGAUAUUCUCCCCAGAUUGUUCACACAUUUGCCGCUACACCGGUACCGGGUGGGACCCCGGGUGGGACCCCCACCCUUUCUAGUGCGCCCUCGGCUAGUACCAAGCCUUCCACCCCUACAGGAACUGUCAGUAUGGCUCCUUCUCUGUCGCCAUCGCUCUCCAAGAAGCCUUCUGCAUCCCUGCAGCCGUCGAAGGGCCCAUCCAAUAGUGCCCAACCUUCGCGCAGUAAUGUUCCAAGUCUCGCACCAAGCCGUAUGCCGUCGGUCAAGCCAAGUGCAAGUAUGAAUCCAAGUCAAAGUCCAAGUUCAAAAGGGACUGUCAGUGUGAUGCCAAGCAUCUCACCAAGCAGGAUGCCAAGUAUCUCGCCAAGCAAUAACCCAUCUGGUUCCUAUAGCCCAAGUAGCAAUCCAUCUGGAUCCAACGAGCCUUCCGCGUCCAAGGCUCCCAGUAACCAACCAAGCAUCCGUCCUUCGCUAUCAAAGAUGCCCAGUAUUGCUCCCAGUAGCAACCCAUCUGCAUCCAACAAGCCUUCUGCGUCGAAACAACCUUCCCAGAAUCCAAGUGGGAGUGCGGCUCCAUCCCGUUCGAUGAAUCCAUCGAGUAAUCCAAGUUUAAGUUCGAACCCCACCGCAAAGGCAUAG